AUGGUUAACUACGUUAUCACUGGAACAAACAAACCAAAUGGAAUUGGUCAAAAUUUAGUUAAGGAAAUUGCUAAAGAUGACAAUAAUAGGGUAUUUGCAACCGUUCGUGACCCAUCAAAAGCUCCUGAGUUGGUUAGUUUUGCUAAAGAACAUUCAAAUGUCGAAGUUAUAACAUUGACUGAUGUUACUUCCGAAGAGGCCACACAAGAUGCUGUAAAGGCAGUUGAAGCGAAACUUGAUGCUGAUGAAGGUAUUGAUAUAUUGAUUCCAAAUGCCGGAUACAGUUCCGCAAUUGCUAAAAUUCUUGAUAUAAGUGCUGAAAACUUUUUGUUCCACUGGAAAGUUAAUGCUCUUGGUAACAUCAUCACAUUUCAAAAGUUUUAUCCUUUAAUGAAGAAAGCAAAGACAAAACAAGUCUUUUUCACAUCAACAAUAUCUGCAUCAAUUUCUGGUUACGUUCCUGGGACAAUUUCAUCCCCAUACGGGAGUGCAAAAGCUGCCCUGAAUCAUCUUGUCAGAGAUUUGAAUGGUGAAUUGAACAAUGAAGGCUUCAAAUUUGUUGCGUACCAUCCUGGCUUUGUUGCAACUGAAACUGCAAAUAUAGUAGUUAGAAAGACUUUCCCAGAUUUGGGUGAAAAAUCACUGACAGAAAUAGGUGCUAUUGAAGUUGAAGCCAGUGUCAAAGGUAUCAAAGAAAAUAUCAUUGAUGGACUGAAUGAUGGUAAGAUUACCACUGAUGAUUUUUGGAAUUGGGAUGGCUCAAAAGGGCAGUGGUGA